GUCCCUUUGUUUUUUAAUGACGACAGCAAGGACGAUAGCAACCAAAACAACACCAUGACGUUAAGGAUAAUACCGAUCCUGCUCAGCGCGUCCGCUCUUAUCCUGCUGGCGCUAAACUUUGACUCGGCAACCGCUAAUAAUCAUCAAUUAUCGUCAUCAUCAUCAUCAUCAUCAUCCGAGGCAGCAGCAUCCAACACGACAGUAUCCUUGCCGGCAUCGUCGUCGUCAGUGGCAACAUGGGAAGCGAAUGGUGCAGUAACGCCUCCAGCCACCAACAGUCGGUUUCGAGCCGGUGAAGCAGCACAAUUAGUAGACAAUAAAAUCCACGACAAACUGCAACAGCACAAACCGACCGACCCGGCCGUACCAGCUCCAGGGCGCCAGAAACGAGAGGAUAUUUUUAGCGAUAAUGUUCUUACAAAUAAUUAUCAGCUGCAUGGCGCUGCCGGACGAGCCUGGGACGGUGCGGUGCAGUCAAGGAUAACGGAGGAGGUCCUGCUUGUUAGCAAUCUGACCGAGGAACGGGCGCGCGAAGAGAAUGAGUUGCUGGAACAUCUAAAUCGCGACCGGUUCACUGGCAGUCAAAUUAAGCUCGAUAAUAGCGACGAUGGAGGUUCGGUCGCGCGCGGAAACAAUCCCCAGCGCACCGGUAAAAAGGGCCGCCGACGAAAAGGACACAAGAAGCACAAGCACAAGAAGAUCAAGCUGCUUCCGGUAACGCUCGUCGGUGUACCGGUGGACGACGACGGUCAACCGGAUACCGGCAUCAUCGAAGGGCUGACAAACGGUGCGGACGGUGCGUGGUCCUUGAAGCUUGCCUCCAACGUUCAAACGCUCGCACACGCAACCGGUGGCGAUGAAGCACCGACCAAACAACGCGGCCCAUCGCCGGAAGAACGCGGCCCUCCCACGGUGGACGGUGGCACCAUGGUGGAGGUGGUGGACGUGUGGAAGGAAAUGACAAUGCCUCCGUCGGCUGCCCAGCACGACAUUGCCGUGGACCGACGACCGAUGGCAGCAGCGGUUUCCGAUUUUCCACCGGCUCCGGUGGUGGGCAACGAUGGGCACCUGGUGCUGGGCGGUGUGGGUGACAUGCAAAUGUUGCCCUCCGAUCAACCGGACGCACAACGAGUGAAGUGGAUCCGUGAGCAGAGAAAGCGAGAAAAACAGCAACGGAAACAAUUACAGAAAGUAGGUGCAGAGCAGAGGAAAAUCGUCAAUCCACCACUACCACCGUUACCGUCCGGCGUGACAGUGUCCAGCGCCAGCACGGUCACCUUCCCCGCGGAGGAUCACAAGGGCACGGAGACGGUGUCGGUGGCGCGCGUCAUCAUUUCGGGCGAUUUGUCAUGUAUGAAGGACGACUUCAUCCCAGCGCCGGCGAUCGCUAACGGUGACAUCAAAUAUUUGCGUAACGAUUUGUACGGGCUGGAAAACUCCUUCCUCGAGGCAGAAUAUCACUGUCGGAUGGGUUACCGGUUGCGGAUGAAGGAUGGACAAAGCCGGUCGGUCGUUACCUCGACCGGUGCCAUCGCCAACGCCAAUCUGGUGUGCCGUAAGUCGCGCUGGAUCGGCAAAAGGCCGGCUUGUGUGCGGAUUAAGCCUUCCCAGCGUUUGCCGCAACCAUUUGGAACGGACGCACCAGCGGGCAACGGGACCGACCGUUCGAUGAGCGUGAAUUCCUGCGGAAAGGAUCACCGCUGUCCGCAGGCAUGCCACCGGGUGCCGGCGGGGAAAAAGGGUGGUACACCAAAUGGCAGCUUAAAUCGCACCACAGUCUGCUCCUGCUACAAAGGAUUUAAAAUGGUCAACCAUCGAUGUGUAGAUAUCAACGAAUGCAUCGAGUACGGUGAGGAUGUGUGCGAGUACGGCUGUUCCAAUACGAUCGGGUCGUUUACAUGCAAAUGCCCGAGAGGUUUGCGAGUUACGGACAAUAAUAAAUGCAUGGAUGUAAACGAGUGCCUGCUACGAAACGGACACGGACCGUGCCAGGAUACUUGCAUCAACACGUGGAGCAGCUACAGGUGUACGUGUGAUGGGCUGCCCGGGACGCGGCUGGCCGCCGACGGCCAUAGCUGUGAGGACAUCGACGAGUGUACGGUCAACAAUGGUGGCUGUUCGCACACCUGCCUCAAUACGCUUGGGCGAGCGUUUUGUGUGUGUCCGGAGGGCUACAUGCUGGACGAGGAUUGGAAGACGUGCAUCGAUGUGGACGAGUGUGCCAACCAGCGAUCGAUUGCCAGCGAACAUCGAUGCCACGGACGGUGCAUCAACACGGUCGGCUCGUACCGUUGUGAGCUCGGUGAGGAUAGCAAUGGCGGGGAGCUAGCGGAGGGAAGGUCGCAGGAUGGUGCCAGCGAAGGAGGAGAACAGGACCAACCGGACUACGAUACACUCUGCCCAACGGGAUACCAUUUCAACACGACCAUGGGUGAUUGUCAAGACACGAACGAGUGCAGCAUCCAGAAUGGUGGGUGUCAGCAACAUUGCAUCAACAGUGACGGAAGCUACUACUGUUCGUGCAAAUAUGGCUUCAAGCUGGACUUCGACAAGCGCUCCUGUUUGGUGCUGAACGACUCGUUAAAGUUAGCGGACAUCGCCUGUCCGCCCCUGUUUCCACCACGCCACGGAUACCUCGAGUGCAGCCGACCGAUUGACGAAAUAGCAGACGGUCCGAGCGGUGGCAGUCUCAAGAUAACCAACCGCCCCGGCAGCCAGUGCAUCCUCAAGUGUCCCACCGGUUACCGGCUCGAGGGGAAGUUUUCCAAAAUCUGUGGCACCACCGGCGAAUGGAUUGGCGAUGAGAAUGGCACCUGCAUACGAUAUCCACAACCAAAGCUGCUCUGUCCGACCAGUGUUAAUGUUGAGCUGCACCCGAACGAAACUGAAACCACAACCGUUCGACUCCGUCGACCAGAAACGGACGUAAGCUGGGAACGGGACGUACAAGUUGAACCGUACUGGGUGAAGAAGGACAGCUUUACGCUACCACUCGGCAGUCUUAACGUGUCGUACUCGGCCAAACAUCCCGUCUCGAAACUCCACACCGAAUGUAGCUUCCUCAUCAAUGUACUGCCCGGCUCACCGCCAAGGGUGGACUUCUGUCCGGACACGCAGGUCUACACGAUCGAGGGACGACAUCAGAGCGUGAAGGCAACGUGGGAGGAGCCCGUGUUUUCGGACAAUGUUGGUGUGGUAACGAUUACAAAAUCGAACAGCCCUGGUACAGACUUUGGUGCUGGUAGCCAUCUCAUCACGUACGAAGCACACGAUGACGCCGAAUGGAAGAGCAAGUGUGUCUUCAAAAUCGUUGUAAACCUAAACCCGGAACAGCAACAGCAACCGACAGCACAGUCCCAUUUCCAGCUGCCGAUUCUGUACAAUCGGUUCUACUUCUAG